AUGGCAAUAGUAGAAGAGAUCCCCUCAUCCCCUGAUCCUAUAUCAAACCAAUCAUCUUCAACCCGUCAACGUAAAAACAAAUCCAAAAGUAAAACCAACAAAGAAGUUCCCUCUUUGGCUAUACCACUUCGUACACCCUCUUCAUCAAGUUCAUCGACCAGCACCAAACCUCUAAUCGGUGUAGAUCUACCUGAAAAUUCAAGUAUAUAUACCCUAAAUCCAGGUGAAACUAUCUCAACAGAUCAUCUAUCCAAUAACACCACCGAAGAACAAGAAGAAGAGGAGGAGGAAGGGGACGAUGAGAUAUUCAAUACUUUGAUAUUGGCCGUACCAUUCACUUUCCUUUAUUUGUUAUUGGAUAUUUUAGUUCAUUUGCAAUAUAAUCAUAGGCCUGAUAAGUCGGAUCUGAUGAAGGGCUGUAUAGUAGCGUUACCUACCAACAGACAUGCUUCUCAUUGGAUAACAAACUCGUUCCUCAUAUCCGCUUCUCUCAUAAGUGGAUGUAGGUUGAUAUGGCUAGUUAACAAAGCUUCAUGGAGCGUGGUCACCGCUGAGGCCCCUCCGAUGGGUACGCUCUGGAUACUUACCAUCGUCCAAUUACCCUUAUCUCGAGCGGUGCUGGCUCUGGGUUUGGUAGGAGGUUGGAUAUGGUGGAAAGGAAUGAAGCUGAUGCCAUAG